CGGAUAUUAGAAUAAAUUCGAUCAACAUUUAAUCGCUUUUCCUUAAAAAAUUAUGUUUUAAAUUAUGUUAAUUACAAAAUUUAUCAAUCACCAUCAUGGAAUGCCCAUUGACUCUUGAUAUUGUCAACAAAUUAGACCACCCUCUUCCAGAUGUUCGUUUGCGAUGGCUUUUGUACAUAUUAAAAGCAAUAAAACAUUCGAAUUUCAAAAAUCAUGUUAUUGCUUUUAGCAUAACAUUAAAAUUAUCAGAAUGGAUAAAAAAAUACCCACAAAUUGAAGAAAAAAAUGUAUUGCAAUCAAUUUUGGAUUUAGUCAAACGUUUUAAGGUGCAUUUUUCAAUAGACAACUUAAACAAAUUAAUUAAUUCAGUGUCUUGCGGUAGAAAGCGUGUUUUACCGGAACAUCAAUUUCUUACAAAUCUCAUAGAAGAAGAGUUAUCGGAAUUUUGUUUAGGAAGUGCUUGCAAGUCUAAUAUUUCUGAUAGCAAUGAAGUGGAAUCUAUUAAAGUGUCAUCCAACGAUUUUUCCGAAUAUUCCUUUGAAUUUUCUACUAUUCCACAAUAUCAAAUUGAUUUGAAAGAUGUGUACAAAAUUGAAGAAGUGGCUAAACUGAUACAAAAUGGAUAUGUUGCCCAGGGAUGCACGAGGUUUAUUUAUGACUUGAUGUUGAACUAUCCGCCUGAAGUAUUUCUGCAUUGUCCAACCAUUUUAGAAAACUUGCUAAUAGUGUUGGAAUGUGAUAAAGAAUCAAUAAAAUUUGGAGCAAUAAACUGUUUAAAUACAUUUAUAUUAAGGUUAAUUCAACGAUCAAAAAAUAAUUUUACUAUUAUAGAAUGUGUUAGAAAUCAAAACCAUGAUGAAUCAGUAUCACAAAUGGAAAUGUUAACAGCUGAUCAAUUUUGCAUAAAAGUUUUGAAACCAGUUUUAAGAUAUUUUAAGGAUGGAGAAUAUAAGAAUUGUCCAGAGUAUAUUUCAUAUGCAUUUCAAGAAAUCUGUAUUAACUUGAUAGUAUUAUUGAAAAAUGUUUCCAUACCAUUAGUCAACGCAGAUGAAAUAGCGGAAGGAAUAGCUACAGUCAUUAGUAUAUUUAGGCAUUGCAGAAAUUCUGUUUUGCGAAAUUUAUUGUACUUCCAAUUCCUAUUGGUUGCUUGUGAUUUUUGUAAAAAUUUCAAUAACUCAUUGUUGUUGAGUGAACUAGAAGAAUGUAUUAUGGAUCCUGUUUUAGAACAUUUACAUGGUGAUGUUCAUGCAAGACUUAUUUCAGUAGCUUCUAAAAUGAACUCACCAAUUUUGAAUACUUAUGAAAACGUAAAAGGCAUUUGUCAAUUGUUGGAUUCUGCUAUGGAUGUGAUCAAACACAGAAAAAGUUCGAAUACUGAAAAUUUAGACUCUUGCAUGAUUGCUUUGCCUGCUGUUGAAAUACUGAAUUCAUUUACAUUAAUUGAGUCAAUUAUCCAGAAUUGUUCAAAAAUUCUCAAUUACAAAAAGAAUGAACUUCUGAACGAGGCUACUAGCAUAAUUUUAAAAUUAUUAUCAUUCAAUGAUGAAAAAGUUAAGCUUUGGGUUUACACUUGCAUUAAUAAGCAAAUGAAACAAUUCCUAGGUGUGCAUAAAUCAGCUUUCACUAGCUUACGCACAACAUUAGAUAUAGCUACAGGAAUUCCCAUAAAUUCAGAAAUUAUUAUUGAAAUUGCUUGUAGAGGAAUUCAGCAUCAAAAUAGGGAGAUAUCAUCUCUUGCCAGUAAUAUAUUAAUCAUGUUGUUAAAGAGCAAUAUGACUACAAAUCAACGUCACUGGGCAUACAUUGUAGAACAUUUGGUACCAGCAUUGCCGAUCAUUCAAUGCAUCACCAAUAAAGACACUGUGCUAGGUCAAAAUUUAUAUGAAUUAGUAAAUCCAGAUGUUGCAAGUAAAGUUAAUUUGAGAUUUGGUGAUAUUCUUAAAAGCAAUAUCAGAUUAUUAUUUUCCAAAGACCCAGAGGUUCGCCAAGAAUCUAUUUCAAGGCUAUUGUAUUUGUUGGAUAAGAGAACAGACUCAGCAGGAUUAUUACCCAAGUGUUCCAUAAUAGCAGGAACUUUACAUUCAAAUCUUUGCAUCCAUACUGAUAACCAAGUUAGAAUCGGUGUGAGAUCUAAGGAACCACUAAAUUUUCACUCAGUAUCUGCUAUAAACCCUUUACUCGAAAUAAUAUCAAAUGAACAUUCAGAUCCAUGUAUUUUAAAAUCAUCAGUAUUACAAUUGUCAAUCAUUCUUGAUGAUUGUUAUUUACAUGGAGUAUUUUCGACAAUUGAAGAUAUUCAAAUGAUAUUGAAUUUAUUUCCGAAGAUGCUAGCACUUGAUGGUUUUAAAGACUAUUCUCAUACUUUAAUUGCUGUGGUUAAUAUUUUACGCAAGCUUUGCUCAUACAAUAAAGUUUUAAGAAGUCAUUUGUCUCAGUGCGAUGAUGUAUUAACAUAUAUUCUUAGAGCGCUUUUUCUUCUAUAUGAGAAUCCGCAGCUUCGAUUGGAUUGUUCACAAUUAUUGUUUUUGAUAUGUUGGUCUACUUGGUUGAUAAAUGAUUCACAUGGCUUAUCAGGAAAUUUUAUAUUAGAAAAUAUGCAUCUUCCUUGUAGUAUAUCAUAUCAUGAUCGAGAGAGCCCUCAUGCACUCCCUUCACUGAAAGACAAAAUGUUGGAUACUGAUUCUGUCAACAUGUUCAUAAAAUACUUUGUGCAUUUGAGAUGGUUCAAUAACAAAACCCAAAUUUCGGAAAACGAACUUGCAAGUUUUCGUGCUGAUAUUAAUGGGGAAUUAUUGCUGAAUGAACAAGAACUGGCCUACCUCACAUCAUCAGGUUGUUCGAAUAUGUGGAUGCAUUACUUAGAUGUAAUCAAACAUGCGAGGUCUCAUAAAGAAGUGAAAAAUGCUCUUCAUGGUUUUUCAAGCAUAUCUAACUUGCAAUACCCAGAAGAACCUCAAAUUCAGCAAAUAACUGUGUAUUUAGAAAAGUUUUUGCACAUUUUACCAGCCAGUAAGUCAGAUAAGCAAUUGUUUAUUAGUAUAUUGAAUUUUAUAAAGAAAACAGCAAAGCAUGAUGAAGCUGGGGGUCGUGUAUUGCUCAUUUGGGCAGUAAGAACAGUUCGUGAUAACUCAGGACCAAUAAUUAGUAUGAUAAGGAACUAUAAAAAUUUGGAAAAUGUCGAAGACAACUUAUAUGUGGAGGUAUUAAUAACAAUUAGUUUCCUUUAUAAAGAAUUUUCUAAGCUAGCAGAUUCAGAACUAGACGUAUCAUUGUCAACAAAAUCUGAAUAUAAUAACGAAUUAGAUUUAAAACUUAUUCAAAUAUUUAAUGAAAAGGAAAUUCUUACAAACUCAACAGUAAAUUGUUCAAGAUUACUCCUUUGCAUAUGCUAUAUUGACUUGGUGUGCAUAAAAGAUUUGCAUAUUACUGUGUUAAUAAAAAAAAUUAUAAGCUGGUUAUGGUUAUUAAAUGAUGAUCGAAUUCGUAAAUCAAAACAAAUUGGUAACAAUGAUAACUGCAUAGAAUCAAUGAAUGGAGAUUUAAAUAAAAAUCAAUGUUUCACUAGUGUUUCUAUAAUCAUGAUGCGAUCACUAGUAACUACAUUAUGUAAUGCAAUUCGAUAUAUGAAGAUAAAUUCUAAACAAUCAAAAUCUGUUUGGUUUGAAGAGUUUGAUAAAUCUGUGACUUUGCUAAGUUCUCUUUGUACAUCACCUGAUAUAUUUGUGAGAUCAUGUUCAUAUCAAAUACUGUCUGGUUUAUUAUAUACAGGAGAAGGCUCGCUAUUUAUCAUGAAAAAGUUUACAUUUCACUUUGGAACAUUUUGGUUUACUUGUCUCAAUACUUUAGUGGAUAACAAUGAACCCAUAUUAAGUAGAUAUCAAAGUGGAUGCUGUAUUGUUAAUUUGUCAAGUCACAUUGGAAUUGAUAUUAAAGAAACUCUUUUAGCGUUUGCUACAGAACAUUUAUUAGAUAUAAAUAAUAAGUAUGAUAUAAUAAAACACUUGCUUGAUAUUACCGAGUUUUCAAAGUGUGUUUAUGAAUUAAUGUCAUCCUUAUAUGUUGGAUCAUCAGAUUCUUCUUAUGUAUGUAGAGAAGAUUAUGAAAAAACAAGAAAUGACAUUUAUGAGGAAUGGGGAGCUGUAAUGCCUGAUUUAAUUAGAGUAUUUGUUUUAUUUAUGCAUAAUUUAACUUUUAUAUCACCCAAUAUUGUAGAUUAUUUAUUUGAAAGAAAAGUUCUGAGCAAUUUAUUAAGAUGUGUGCGUGUUGAAGUAUCAGCAAUGGAUGUAUCUGUUGAAAAAUUGAUUACAGCUAUCUGCAAUAUGUUCAGCUGUAUGAUCACUCUGAACAAAAACAUUGGCACAAGUUUGGUGAUGGAUCCUGGAUCCAUGUACUGUUUAACAGCUAUGUUGGAUACUUCUAAUGGUUUUAAACAUAAGUUGUACUGUGGAAUAUACCAUUUGUUUUCUCAGUUGGCAAAAUUUCAGGCUGGCUUCGAUGCUAUAAUACUUGCAAUUCAACAAUGUGAUGAAAACAGCUUUCUCAAAACAUUAUGUUUCUCUCUGUCACAGAGUGAUAAUGAAGAUCUCAAAAUAUGCAGUUUUGUUUUCAUGGUUAAUAUACUUCAAACCAGAAUAGACGGCAAAGAUUUUUACCACAUUUUGGACAAUGCUGAGUUUAAAGAUGAAAAUAGAGUAUGCACGUACCGAGUUAGGAUUAUUGAAGUAAUGAUUGAAAUAAUAAAACGUCAAUUCUUAGUGAAUGAAACUGUUGACAAGAAAAAUUGCUUAUUUGAGGUAUGCAUAAACUCUCUAAGCAUGUGUAUGUAUAUGCUGCAACAUGUUUGCAAUGAAUUGAAGGAAUUGCAUAAAUUGUUAUUGCAGCGAUUACAUGCAUCAUUACAAAAUUUAUAUGAUAAAUGUGCAGAGAAUUUGAAAAAACUGUUGGAUAAAAAGAGGCAAGCAGAAGCCGAAGAAAUCAAAUUGAUCAUAAACUUGUUAUGUGCUUUUUAUACAAAUAUGAAUUUCAAAAACAAUGGUUUAAUUUUUGAAAAAACUGAUAAAAUUGGAAAACUGAGUAUUUGUACUAUCAUACAGAAAUUGAUACCAUUUUGUUCAGCGGAUGAUGCAUUUUUAAAUAUGUGUCUCGAAUGCUUGCAUAAUUAUACGGAUCAUUGCUUAUUAGCGUGUAGAGAUAUGACGAAUUCACCUGGAGUAUCUUUUUCACGUCUUGCGGGUCUGUCUACAGAUGACAAUAAAGCUAAGUGCAUGCUUUCAAUGAUUAUUAAUUUAGUUAUACAAAAUAAUACAAAAACACACAAGAAAAGUAUUAUGAAGUUAUUGUUGUCGAUCUUAAAAAACGCUUGCUAUGCAGUGGAAGGCAGAGUAGCAGUUUACAAGAGUGAGGUAUUAUCCCACAUUAAAUCCAAAACACCCAAAAGUUUACCAGACAAUUUUAUAUUGUGGAUAGAUUUUUUGCUGUGUUUUUCCAAAUAUUCUGAAGGACAGCUGAGUAUUGUCAAAAACAACGAGUUAUUAUCCACAUUGAUUGUUUCUUCUGAAAAUAAAUCUAAAUUAAUAAGUAGCAAAUCAUUAGCAAUUUUGAGAAACAUAUCAUUUAAUACUAGCAACAAGAUCGUUCUUCUAAAUUCAAAAACUUAUAUAACGGCCACUAUUGCUGCGUUGCGAAAAAGCGACUUGGAAGAACUAUUGUGCGCUGUUAUAAUUAUAUGGAAUUUAUCAGCAAAUAAUCAAAGAGCGAAAUACGUAAUGAAAUCGCAUAAUGUGCAUGAUCAAAUAAUCGAAAUGAACAUAAAAUUUCAACAUAGAUCAGAAGACUCAGUAUGUUUGAAUAUUCUUAUGGCGCUGCUGAAUGGUUUACAGCGCAUUUUAAAUGUGGGCAAAAAUAGUUAA